AUGGCUGAGCGGACCAACGCGGCACUGCAGGGGUCUGAGCAGGAUGAGGACCAAGUCCUUCCCUGGGAUUGCCGCGAUAAUCAACACAUGGCAGAGAUCUACUACAAUGAACCCCUGCGCGCGCAGAACAGAUUUCUUGCCGAGGAGAAUCUGAAGCUCAAGCGUUUGCUUCGUGAAAACCACAUCGCCUGGUCCCCCAUCUCCAAGGCGUAUCUCAAUGCUGCUGCCCAGGCAUCUCUACGAAAUGGCCGCUAUACUACUCGCAGCUCAGCCCGAUCUGGUCACUUUGGUGGUUUCCCCUCCCUUCCCACCGAGGUCCUUCUGUCUAUCCUCCGAUAUGCCCUCGCUGCCCCCGAUCCCAUCAUCGAUCCCCUCUGCAAGAUCAAGCCCGAGACCCUGACCUCGACCGAGAAGCUGCGUGGCAACCAGAUUGCCAUUCACGUCUUGGCCACCUGCAAAGCCUUGCAUGCCGAAGGCUCUCGCAUCCUUUGGACGAAUAACACGUUCGUAUUUACUGCUCCCGAGAACGUCCGUCGAUUCCAGGAGGUGGAUUUCAGCUUCCGCAAGAAGAUCAAACGAGUCAACUUCCGCAUCAUCGCCCAGCUUUAUGAUGAUCGGGGCGUGGUCCAGCGUGUGUCCCGGUCGCAGUACCGCGACCUCAAAAAGGACGUCAUUCUUCGGGUGCACCGUCGCGUCCCUGAAAAGACCUAUGCCCGUCGUGGCCUCAAAUCCUACGCGUGGGCCCAGCUCCUCGACUUCUUGGAGGCCCUACGCGCCCCCUUCGACCCAACCCACGACAAGAACCUCGUUCCUCCGCGGCUUCUGCCCGGCCUCGAGUCCCUCCGCUUCGACUUCGUCAACUACUUCGCGGAGGACUUGCCUAAUUUCGAAAACGAGCUACACGGCUUAGCCUCCCACGAGCUUGGCUGCAUCCUGAACGAAGUCGCUGUUACUGGCCUCCCGCUCGACGCCCCCGGCGGCAGGGCAUUGAUGGAGCUGAGCGGGAUGGCCAAGGAUCAGGGCCUCAUCCUGGUCGGAAAGGAGGCCUAUAUUCAGGACGAAAAGGGUCUCAUCCCCCUUCGGGGCCCCGCCUGGUGCGCUCGCGUCAUCCGCGGCUGGAAGUCUCUCUCUCGUUCUCGUCGUGAACGCGUCUCCUCCGAUGACGGCGCUUCCGACGAUGCUUCCGACGAUGCUUCCGACGAUGGCGCUUCCGACGGUGACGCCUCUGAGAACAAGGCCUCUGACGAGAACGCCUGCCAUGGCGAGGCCUCCGACGACUCCGACGACUCCGACACCAUAGACGUCUCGUCCGUUGACUCGAACCCCGUUGACUACCACGACACUCUCGAGUCUCUCUUGCCCUCGGCUCCCGGGGAGCCCAAUCGCCCCCCGACGUUGCCUGAACGCAGGGGCAAGACCGUUUGGAAGCGCGUUCCCGUGUCUCGCGACUCCGAAACGCGGCGCUUUGUCGAGUUUUGGCGAAAGACUGGGUAUCCGGUUGAAGCCGCCGAGGACGGCAACGGUGCCUGUCCUUGCUGUGGCGAGCAGCAUCCCGGCACUCGUGCUCUGCACCAUUAUUGAGCCUUGAUUUGUCGUCAGAAGGUAUCUUUCUUUUUUGUUUUGGAGUUUGGUUUACGGCGCGGCAAGGGAACAGGAAAAAGGAUGAUACCACUGGAAGGGCCCAUCAUCAUACAGGCUACGACACGGGUUUUUUUCCGGCCGACUUGCUUCGGACUGUUAAAGUCGGGUUUGCUCAGCUCUGCUGUCGAUCUGGGACGACCGUCGACGACCGAUGAAACCACUACAGCAGGGACUUUUCUUUGCCUUUCUUUGGCUUUUUCUUCUUAUUUGUCUUACAGGUGGCCUCCUGUCAGGCCGUGAUGAUGUGAGGAGAAGAUACCAGCACAGCAACGGCACAGACGACAAAACAUGUGAGGCGUUCAGGUUCAGGUUCAGGUUCAGGUUCAGGUUCAGGUCACAUUACCAGAGAUACCAGGAAUCAUCGAUGUACUU